AUGUCAGUGGUUCCAAUUCCACUCCCAUGUUCCACCGCCCACCGUAUUCGCAUAGCAUCCAUCAUCUCUCCUCUCAAGCGUGUUCGUCCAAGAAUUCCAUUCUAUAAACUCUCUGCUCACCGUGUUCCGACACUCUGGUCGCUAUACCGGGGUUUGCUCAGACAUGCACCAGGAGAAAACAUCCGGUUUCGCGUGCGCCUGAUGUUCAGGAAGAACCAGCACGUUGUGAAGGCACAUUCUGCGAAAGAGCGACUCGUGAUGGGAUACAAGUGGUUAGAAACCUUCAAGCGCGCGGAGCAAGGUGAUAUCAAACUUCAGAGCGUUCUCAGCAGGUAUGAUAGAAUGAUUGCCACCAAGCGCGAGAAGACCGCUUGGAAAAGGCGCAUACGAGAAGCAUUCAACUGGGAAGCCAAGCUCCGCAAUCGUCCUAUUUUCAAAGGCUCUUUCAUCCGUCCCUCGUUUGACAACAAGCUUCUUCCUCGUCUAAUACCCCAGCCUGCCCACAUAACUGGAAUGAUUGUGCGUCGGCGUAUCGCACGCGACCGUCGAUGGCAGCAACGAGAAACAUUGAAGAGCUGGGCACAUGACUUACGGUACGAGAGUCUCUUUGAGUACGCGCUGCUCAAGAGUGCACGAGGCGAGACUGUGAGAGUGGCUCGGCAGAUGAGGGGCAGGAUGUUGUCGGAUCAUGCCAACCGAUGUGCGGGAGAGGUUGAACGACUGCUUCAUGAGGAGCACAUGUCGUGGACCCCAGUUUACACGGGAGGGGCAAAAUAUAAUUGGGAUGAACCCUUCGUCAAGCGCCUGGCUGAACUGUAUGAAUGCACGAAGCGUGACAUAUCACGGCUUCGUGCUGCACCGCCCGCUGGACUCAUAUUGCAAAGCAAACAAGCACGCCGAGAAAAGGUGGCAAACAAAACAAUUCAGAGACAGCGCGAACGUUCUGGUGAAGUUACUGCUUACACCAUUAAACGCCGGCGGGGCGCACCUCCUGCACAUAUCCGAGAGCUCAUGACCCCAAAGCAACUUCUAGUGGACAGGGCGAUAAGGGAAGUAAGUGAGGGUGGGUGGUCGGGCACAGUUAAGGCACACAUGGGCGUGCAUAUGCACACGCCCGAAAAAUGGAAGGCCGAGGGCGGGUGGGAAGAUGAAGAAAUGAAAAAACGUCUGGAUGAUAUGGAGAGGGAGAUUCGAGCGGAGAAUGAGAGACGAAGAAAAAACAGCAAGUUGGAAGCUGUCCCUCUUUCUGAGUAG